AUGUCUGCGCCGCAGUUGAUUCAGACGGCGAGUUGGGAAAAUUCGAUCUGGAGGACUAUACCAGAGGACACUUUCCGCCGAAGCAUUAUCGCACUGUCGACGAAGACUGAGGUGCCAUGCGAUCAGAGACGUUGGUGGUCAGCCUCAUAUAGUGAUUCUCAGCCCCCUUCACCGGAUCCAGGCCGCAUACUAUCAUUCAAGACAGAAAGACAGUUGGCAGACGACUUUGCAUUCAUCGCCGCUGCCCGACCGGGUGCCAAAGGUGUGACGGCCGUUUGUAUCGAGGAAAGCCGCGAGCCUCCUGGCCUGGUCAUACGCAUCGCUGCCAAUGAAGGCGUGGGUAUGGAAAUAAGAGGUGCAUUUGCUCACAUCUUCAAGUGUCUGAUGUCCUGCGCAAAAGGAGAAACAAAGCUUGAAGAUGGCAUAACAGAGGUAUCUCGACUGACGUUGAAUCUCUCCCGAAAUCGCAUCAUGGAGCGCUUAGGGAACCUCUGUUCAGGGGCCGAAGAAGCUCUCGGCAGAAUGCGAGCCGCUGCUCGGACGACAGCUGCUGAGGAUCUGGUCACUAGAUUGACGGAGCUGAAGCGGAGUUUGGAUAUGAUUCAGCAGUCGCCUAGACCAUCUACAGAUGAGUUGCACUCGAUCGUCAGAGACAGCCUCGCAGUCGUGACUUGCGAUGGAAGGCAAUCCUUGCGGAAGACCUUGACUGAAGCGGGUUUGAGUGCACGAGACUGGUUCGACAAGAAGGAAAUCAUGCAGAUCGACAAAUUGAGUGCUUGUCACAGGAUUCCUCGAGACAUCGUGCGCAAAGCCUGUCGGAAGAGGUCGAGAGGUUUGUUUUCCAAUAUCACAGUGGAGUACACUACGCCCUACAAGCCCAAAAGGAGCUCGGUUGCCUUCAAGCGCCAAAAGGUUGCUUGCUAUGUCCAUGCUGAAAUUCAGCUGAUUAUACACUAUAUGCUGUCAACCUCAACGCCCAUACUGCCUCGAGCUAUCGGCAGCAGCAAAGGGGCCUGCUUCCUGUGUCAUUUGUUCAUUACAGCACAUACGGGUUUUGUUGUCACAAGUGUGCAUGGCCGUUUAUAUGACCAAUGGACGAUUCCAGAUCUUGCUGAGUACACCCCUGAGAAUGUUGCAAUGCUGAGGUCGAUCAUAGAACAAAUGAACUCCGAAUGUCUGCGACUGACGAGAGCGCCCCACGUAUGGCGUCGCUACCCAUUGGAGAGCAGGCACAAUCUGCGUGAUUGGGCUUCAUCUCCUUUAUCUUCAAUGCCAGAUAUGGACAACAGCUUGGGCUUUGGUCAGCUCCAGAUAACUGAUACAGGUACCCAACAAACAGAAACACGCUCGGUCGGUGAAGCCGAUGGUCCGACUUUAGAGCGCAUUCAGAUGUCUGCGGGCAGACUAGACGAGGCAGCUGUACAGGGACCACAGCUAAUAAGUGUGAUAGAGACUGUGGACCAGAGUGCUGACGUGUCACGUCUCGAUGCGCAGCGUUCUCGAAGCGAAGAGUCCCCCAAGAGCGCUUUAACGAGCCUUUUCUUGCUGCCAGACAGCUUGAGUCAGCUUCAUAUCAGUCCAAGCACUCCUUGCGACAUCGUGAGUGUUCCUGGGUGGGAUAUAAGGGUGGAAAUCGAGGCACCUGGUACUGGAAUUGUUGGCCUCAGAGAUGGCAACGCGGUCGAUGAUGGAUUGAGUGUCAACGUAAUCAGAGUCGACGAGCUCAAGUCAGGAGAAGAGUUGCGUCUUUCUAGGCUUGAAGACGAGGAAGCCCUGGUGCUUCAUCUCGAACAGGGCGGGAAUGAAACGUGUCGCAAGAUGGAGAACACACGGGGGGGCCAUGCGGAGGGAUACGAGCCCGACAGUCUCGACACAAGUCAGCACGGAAUAUCUCAGAAUACCAUCGACGAGGAGAAGUCCAACUAUGGCGCCAAUAAGGGUGCAGACAGAGACAUUGGCGCUCGCAUGCCCACGUCCACGUCGACAACGGCACCUUCUCUGCCGGAAGUCAGUGGCGGCAAGAGCUUGAUGGAUAGUGUGGACGAAGCGUUGAAAGGGUCUACAGGCGCGGCAAGCGACAAGGCACAGAGGAUUGACGAAUCGGUCAAGGUUGGAGACGACGACGACUUACAUGAAAAGGCCGCGAGCAAGCAGCCAUGA